ACUUUUGAUUAGCAGUAUAAUGUUUAAGAUACGUUUUAAGAUUUAAAGUCCAAAAAUGUAGAACACAGCAAUAGACCUUUGACAUAUAAACAACGUCCAGGUAUGUUGAUCUCCGUUUUCGUCAUUCAAAUCCAUGAUAUGCAGGAAAGAAGGCUUUCUACUUGCCUGCUGGGGCCUUUGCACCAUCCAGCAAGUAGGUAUAGAGAGCGAGAGAAGGGCCUAGCUGCCAAAAUCAACCAAACCGUUAUAUGAUUGUUAGGAAAGAAGGCCUUCUACCUGCCUGCUAGGUCCCCUGCACCAUUCAGCAAGUAGGUAUAGAGAGAGAUAGAGAAGGGCCUUAGCUGUUAAAAUCAACCAAACCGUUAGGAAGUUCGAAUGCUGCCUGUUAAACACUAGAAAUUUCACACUAACUGCGGUUCCUCACCAUCAAUAGAAAGCAAAAAAAAAAAAUUCGAUUUCUAAAUUUAAAUGGAGAAAAAAUCAAUGCUAAUAUUUCUCGAAUGAUUCACGCUUUUAUCGUUUAGAUCUUUAAUAAACACACAAGUUUGAAUAACAAUUUCUAUUUACUUUAUAAACAAUACAAAAGUCAAUUACUGCAAGUGGACGUAAAUAAAUUUAUCUACAAUCAUUAUAAAUUGCAUCGACGGAACAAUUAUUUUUUAUUAAGCGUUAGAAUUGCUAACAAACUACGUUAUAACAAUAAGGAUAAUGCACCUCAUUUGAAUAAACCAUGGACCGAAAGCCGUGUUAAAUGUGUAUAAAAAUAAAUUCUGUAACUCGAGAAGCUUAUAUUUUUGGAACGAGUCGACUUAUAAUAGAAGAAUGAACAAUUUGUAAUUCGUUCGAAGUUAACCGUCGUAUUCUUUAUUUAAAAAAAAAAAGAAAAUAUUCGACUUAUUUACAAGAUUUUACACGUAAGAAAUUAGAGAAGGAUCGUCGACCCGCAUCACUAUUUUUAGUUCUCUGUGGUGUGCAGCAUCCUCUCAUCUAUCAACAUCCUUCCAGAGUUAUGGCCGUCGCUACUACAGCAGAUUUGUUUUUGGCAGUUGUCCGCCGUGAUGCAAAAGCCGUAGAAAAGAUAAUUCGAUCUGGAGCUGAUCCCGAUCAUUUGAUAGCAGGUGCAACUCCAUUAAGCUUAUCCGUGUAUCGAGGGAAUUCGGAAACUGUCCGUGCAUUAAUUCAAGCAGGUGCAAGUGUAAAUCAGAGAAGUCAAGAUCAUUUGGGUAGGAUAGAACCACCCCUAUGUUCUGCCUGUAGAUUGGGACAUUUCGAAAUCUGUCAAAUGUUAUUAGAAUGUCCAUCGAUCGAUCCAGAUCGAAUCGAUUUUUUCGGUAAGACUCCAUUAUGGAUCGCUGCCAAAGAGAGGAGGUACGAUUUAGUCCAAUUAUUGAUACGGUGUGGUGCCGAUGUUAACGCUUUUAAAUGUUGGAGCGAUUGUCCUCUAUAUUUAUGCGCUAAAUACGGUGGAAGAAUACGUAUUGCCGAAGCUCUAGUAGUCAGGGGAUGUCAUUUGGAUUUCGAAGAUUCACGAGGACGUUCCCCUUUGUAUUGGGCUGUAGAGAAGGAAGAUCGUGAAAUGUUCGAACUGUUGGUUAAUGCAGGUGCACAAAUACGACCUCGUUGGAGAUUACACCCUUCUCGAUUACCAUCUGAUUGGAGGAAAGACGAGAAUUUCUAUUCUUGGAUAGAGAAUUUACGAACGACACCUCUUCCUCUCACUCAAAUUGUCAGGGCAAUCAUCAGAAAGCGGUUAUCACUAGUGUGGAAGGGAUUAGACGAAAAAUUGUUUAUUAAACUACCUCUUCCACCUUUUAUGAUAGAAUUUCUAUUGUACCGAAAUAAAUACAAUUAGUUUAUUUAACGUAAAUUAAAUAAAGCAAACAAAUGGAAAUAUUGUUUUCGUCAAUAUACCUUUUGUAUUAUUCGAUACAUAUAUUAUAUAGUAAUUAUCGUUUUGCUAUAUUCUUUAUUAAAUAAUAUAGUAAUAAAUAAA